GCGCCAGUCACGUGCCCUUCCCUUGCUGGCGUCACGCGUCUCUGCGGCGCGCGGGGAGGGCGUGGCGAAGGGCUGCGCCCCGGCCGGUCCGGGGUCUCCUGUCAGUUCAGGCCGCCGCGUUGCGCUUCUGCGCCCAGGUCCGCCUGAGCGCAACAUGCACGUGAGGAGCAGCGGUGCCGCCGCCAUGAAGCCCGCGCGGGUGAGCGAGUUGGCGGGGAUUGGUCAGGAGUAGCUCAGGCAGAACAGUUUGAAGACCUGAUCCAGAAUGCUACUUAUAGAGAGAAAAUCUUGCUUUGUAUCAUAUAGAAAAGGAGAAGAGAAUACCUAUGUGAGGACACAGCAAGCAGCAUGAUGGAUUCAGAAGACCUUUUUCUUAACAAGUCAAAGGCAGAUCAAACUGGUAAUUGCAUUGUAAAAGUGAACUCAGGCAAACAUUACUUCUGUGGUUAUUGUGCAGCCAUUACAAAUGUUGGAAUAACUUUUCCAAUCCAGAAAGUCCUCUUUCGGCAACAGCUGUAUGGGGUACGAACCAGAGACGCAAUAUGUCAGCUACAGAAAGAUGGGAUCAGAAAUUUGUACCGAGGUAUCCUUCCUCCACUGAUGCAGAAGAGCACAACCCUGGCAUUAAUGUUUGGCCUAUAUGAGGACUUGUCUUCCGUGCUCCUAAGACACAUAAGUGCACCUGAAAUCUUGGCCCGGAGCUUAGCAGCUGUGCUUGCUGGGACCACAGAAGCUGUCCUGACCCCUUUUGAGCGUGUGCAGACACUUCUGCAGGACUACAAACAUCAUGACAAAUUUACAAACACUUUCCAAGCAUUCAGAGUUCUUCGAGAGCAUGGGGCCAGGGAAUAUUAUCGGGGCUUGGUGCCAAUCCUGCUUCGGAAUGGUCCUAGCAAUGCUCUGUUUUUUGGCCUGCGAGGACCCAUCAAGCAGUGCUUGCCAGAAGCAACAACUUAUAGUACUCAUCUGAUCAAUGAUUUCAUAUGUGGAGGGGUAUUGGGUGCUAUGUUGGGAUUUCUGUUUUUCCCAGUGAAUGUUGUAAAAGCCCGCAUGCAGUCGCAAAUUGGUGGGGAAUUCCAGUCUUUUUCCACAGUCUUUAUGAAGAUUUGGCUGGAGCGUGACAGGAAACUGACACAUCUCUUCCGAGGAGCCCAUCUGAAUUAUCACCGGUCCCUGAUUUCUUGGGGAAUAAUUAACGCAACCUAUGAAUUCUUGCUUAAAUUACUAUAAUUGGUUAUGAAUUUUCUCUCUCUGGUUGAACAUCGGACGAUCCUGAGCUGUUAGUUUCCAGGAAAUAAACACUCGCAAGUAUCUCUGACUCCAUAACAUUUGAGAAACUAAAUUGCCAACAACUAAUGGUAUGGAUGUCAGUUAUUUAAACAGUGCCUAACUAGUUCAAAACAUAAUUGUAUUCACUCUUGUUCUUGGCCUUCCAAUCUAUGGAUGUGGCAGCUGUAUGGCUAAAGCAACUAACUGAGAAGUUUCCUGAAAUAUAAAGAAGCCAGCAGGUUGAUACAGUCAAAGCUUAAUAAACUAAACAUGCUGGCCUAUGACAGUUUGUUCCAGAUCACCUUCAGCUUUACUCAACACUCCUGGUGAUCCAAAGAAUGCACUUCGUAGAAAAUAACAGAGCAAAAAAACCUGAUAUUUAAUUUGUUGCUUGACCAUUUGUAACAAAUGGUAGCAUUUUUGUAAUAAGUGGACCUUGAGUUUCCAUGAAGCUUCAUGUCCCCCCUCUUGUUUUUUAUUAUGAUGAAUAUUAUUAUACUUUGAAAAGAGACUGCCAAAUGUAGAAGAAAAAACUCUUGUUCUAAAACAGGUUCCAAGUAGUUUUGGAACACUAUUGAUGUAAGUGACAUCUUGUCAACAUUAGUAUUAAAUUUUAGAAACUGGUGGAUGUAUCGCUACUACUAAAUAGUGGGUGUCAACUGUGGAGGAAAGAGUGAGAAAAGCACUGCUGUCUGAAAAGCUUUAAAAUAUUCUUUAUCUUGCACUGUCACUGGAUUUUUCAAUGUCAGUUAGGUGUUUAAGCUGCUAAUUUUGGUGAAAUGGAUACUCUAAACCAGUGUAGUUUCUUUUACCCUCCCCCCCCCCUUUUUUUUCAGGUUUAAAAAUUAUGGUACAAAUCACAACUGGUGCAAACCAAAAGUAAGCAUGCUAAAAUCCCAGUUACUUCUUAGUGGUACAGUACAGCUGACUGAAUGAGUUAUGCUCUACAUCAGUCUAGGGUCUAGUGAAGCAGAAUUUUACUAUACCAAAAUAAAAUAUUUAUUGCCAUUUUCAGGGUAUUCCACUCUGUUGAAAAAGAAAUUACAGAGCUAUUUCACACACCACUCAGGAGUGUUUUAUACUGAGGGCAUGUGAGUUUGCAUCAGGCUAGUUUGCCCUUUGCUUUUCCUGGAAUCUUUUAAUGUAGAUCCAUAUCCAUCCAAGAAAGUCUGGCAUAGGAGAUUCAUCCAUCCACUUUUAACAACUGACAAAUUUGUCUAAAUCCUUUAUAUAUAGCCUAUCCUUUCCCAGUCUAUGAACCAGCCUCAUAAUGUGAUGUGAAGGACCAUGCAUAUAUUAAAAAAGAAGGAAGAAUGAAAAAAAGUCUCUGCAAAUAUUACUCAGGCUGAUUUUCUAUGAAUUUUAAAUCAUGCCAACAAACACUUAUGUAUAUGAAAUAGUAAGCAACAGGUUGGUUAGCGAGAGGAAAUUCAGUCAAAAUAAUCAUUUGGGGUGGGAGAUUUUGUGCAAAUAGGAGUUAAUAUUUCCUAUUUAUGAUUUAUAGGAAAGCUCUCCCAAACUCAACUGAUUAUUCUCCAAGUGUUAGAAUUAUUUUCUUAAAAUUUAGUUAACAGUAGGUUUGAGAUGGUAGGAUUUUUAGUUUAUCUUGUCUGUUGUCCCUCCCCUACAAGAGUGCCCCAGAUCAACAUUUAAUUCAUCUUCUAGAUUUCUUGAUACUUAGGAUACUUAGUUUCACAGUUGGAUUGCCAAGCACAAAACGAAGAAUGCUUACUAUUUUGAAUGUUGUAAUUAUAUACAUAUAAACAAAAUCUCUGUUGAAUGUUUAACUGGUAAAAUAUAAUUCUGCCAGAGGGUGUUUUUUUUUUUCCUGGCAACUUCUUUGGUGGAAUAAAUACAAGUAAAUCCAGUUUCCU